AUGCUUCUCCCCUCAGCGCUGUCCUGCGACUCGGCGCAGCCGUCGCGCCCUUCGCUCCAGUCAAGCUUCUUCUCUCCUCCCGCCAGUCCUCCUACCAUGUCCUCGGCCACGGCCCUUAGCAACAUCAUGACAACCUGCCGAUCGUUACAAUCGCUCAUCGCAACACCCGUAUCCUCCUCACUGUCGGUGCCACCGCCAUCGCUAGGCCAGCUCCCUACACCUCCGCUGGCCCAUGCCGCACUACCAAUGAAGCUCCGUCUCCGAGCACGUCCUGCCCGCUCCGACGCCAGCAAUACCGAGGACUUGUACACACGAAGAAGAAUAGUCAAGCGAUCUGUGCCUCCGCGUGGUGUCAACAAGCGCCGGCGCCCUGACGCCGACGACAUGGGCCGCGAGGACCAGGACCUGUCCUCGGAAGAGGAAGACAUCGAGAGCGAUCUUGACCUCCGCGCCAACAGCCCAGAACCCGCCGCGCCCUCAACACCAAAGCGCGCGCGCAUAGCUCCCGAGCAACUACCCCUUGGCUUAGAACGCUCCGACUUCCACGACAUUCACACACAAGGAGCAGAUGUCGCGGCCGCAGCCGACAGCCAAGAGUGGACCGCAGAAGACGACCGCAUCCUGGUCGAACUGGUCCUAGAAAAGCUCAAGCUCUCCAAGUCAGAAUGGCAGGACUGCGCCCGCAACCUCGGCAAGGACAGACACACCGUCAACAAACGAUGGAAAAGCCUAAUAAUGAAAGGAGAGGUCGGCCUCAAGACGAGGUCAAGUAAUCGUCGUCGCCUCCAUUCUACAUGGCGGUAG